AUAAUAAGCUUGAAUUCUUAUUUGACGUAGAAUAUAAACGCCUAAUAUACCUAUUUUUGUAACCACAAAUGUAUCACAGGUUAACUGUCUAAACUUUGUCAGGCGCUUACACGUUCAUCGUCGAAACGCGCGGAUAUCGUCAUGACAACAUAGCAUGGUGAAAUUCAAAACAAAUAGUGAAGCGAACGUGUAAAAGCAAACCGUCGGAAGUCGAUAGAAAAAAUCUGAUCUGUACUGAAAGAGAAGUGAUUUUUCUCCAUGUCAGCCGAGGGUGAAUUUUUUUUAUCAGUGACAGGAUCGAUCGAGUACGCAAACUUCUACGACAUUGAUAACGUGUAUUGCAAAUAUGGAUACCACUUUGGACCGGACUGGAGCAUCGUCAGGGGAAUCGAGGAGGGUCUUACGCAAAUGAGUAAAAAAAGCACCGACGCUCGCCAGGUUGCUGUUUGGAACUUUCCUCUUGAUAUUGCCUUCAAGAGUAUCAAUCCCCAAGGAUGGCCUCAGCUAAUUCUGUCAGUUUACGGUUUGGACUGUUUUGGCCAUGACGUGGUUAGAGGCUACGGAGUUUGUCACUUACCACUGGCAACCGGAACGCACACAAAAAAGGUGGCAGUGUAUGUUCCGCAAUCUUCUUCAAUGUUGCAACAAUUUAUCGCCUGGUUCUCCGGAAGAAGACCGGAACUAAUAGAUCCAACGAUACUUGCAACUGGUGGAGGGCGUGAGUUAACGAGGAUGAUUUCCCAAGGAACUAUUACAGUGCGUUUUAACGUAUCGAUGAAGGAUUUUUUUAAACUGGGUUACAGCAACGGCCAGCAGGCGGAUAGAUAACACUACGUUAUCGAAAUCCUUGAAUAAAUAUUAUGCCUUGUAUGUUUAUUGCCAAAACCCUAUAUUUACACAUAUACGUAUAUUGUAUGUAUAUAUUACAAAUAAAUAACCCGUAAUUAGAUGAACCGUAUUUAUGAUAUUUCCAGUACAUCUGUAUACGUAAACCAACGCGGCCUAUUCGCAGGUAAAUUAGGCAUUAUAUUGUAGCAUUUAUGCUAAUGGCAUCUGCCGUUAUUCAAACAUAACGUAUUGUCAAUUAAUAUGUCCACUUAAGCGUAUUUAUCUGUACCGCGCUUUAUUAUCAUAAGAAUACUGUUACGGCGUUCAUUCUGCAAGUUCCUGAUGGCGGACGUACUUCAAACCCGUCGCAUUACGAUAU